AUGCUACAAUUACAUGUUUGGGGGAAAGAUUAUGAAAUAUCAAUAAUUUCACCAUCAUGUAUUGCUUCAGCUAUUUUAUUAAAUCAAAUUUUAACUCCACAAAAUAUUGAAUUUGAAAUAAUUCCAUCAAAUAAUACCAAUUUAUCUAAUAUUAAUCAAUUACCAAUAUUAAUUGAUACUAUUACUAAUAAACAAUAUAAUGGUUAUAAUCAAAUUGUUGAAUUUAUUGAAUGGGAAUAUUUAUUAUCAAAUGAUUGUUUUAAAAAUUUACAAGAACAAGAACAAAAACAAAAACAAAAACAAGAGAAAUUAAUUAAUAAAGGAUUAAUUAAUUUAUUAAUAAAUAAAUUUGAAUAUAUUAAUCAAUAUAAUUUAUAUUUAAAUAAUAAAAAUUAUGAAAAUUAUACAAGAAAGUUAUUUUCUAAUUAUUUACCAUUCCCAAUGAUGUAUAAUCAACCAUCAAAAUAUUAUGAUCAAGCAAAAGAACAAGUGAAAAUAUUAGGAUUAUCAUCAAAACAAAAAGUUGGUUUUUUCGAUUUUGUUAAUACAAAUGGGAAUAAUGAACCAAGAUCAGGAUCAGAAUUAGAAUUAGAAGUGGCACAAACUGAAUUAUUUAAUGAUGAAUUAAGUGAUGAAGAGGAUAUUGAAGGUAAUAUUGCUAUUAGUUCAUUACAUGAAAGACAAUUAUUAAAGAAAUCAAAAUCAAAACAAGUAUUAAAAGAAUCAAGAAAUUCUAUGAGAUGUUUAAUUUUAAUUAAUCAAUAUAUUGAAAAAUUCAAAGAAAUUUUCCAUUUACAACAACAACAACAAGAUCAACAAAAUGAAGACAAAGAGUUUGGAUUUAUAUUUAAUAAUUUGAAACCUAGUUCUAGUGAAAUUUUAUUUUAUGGAUAUAUUUUUUGUUUAAUUAAUGAAAAUAUACCUGAUAGAUUUAUAUUUAAUUAUUUGAAAUUAAAACAUAAAUAUAUUUUGAAAUUUGUUGAAAAAUUUAUAAAUAAUAAUAAAAUAAAUGAAAAUAAAUUUAGAAAUCCUAUUGGGAAAGAAAUACCAAAUUUAAUAAAUGAAAUUAAAUAUUGGAUUGGUACAAUUGAUUAUUAA